UAAGAUCGAGUGAUAUUAUUCAUAGAAAAUUAAAGAAUCCAAAGAUGUAGCAUGAAUUUUUUGUGGAUAUAUUAUAAUUUUAUCUGAAUUGCUUUUAAAUUAUACGAAGCAAAUAUUUGGAAUUUAUUGUCCCAUGUAAUUUAAUGUAAAUAUAUUCAAUUAAGUUGCAUGGCAGGUAUAUAUUUAUAUACCCCUCCGUUCUCCGUUCGGCUAUAUAAAAGCUAGACUGUCAGCGAUUGACGCUUUUUAACUUCUGUCUGCGGCCUCUUGUCAAUCGAAAACGAAAUUAAUUGUGUGGUGUAUCUCGUACUUAAAAAUCUCUUCGUACGACAAUGAAGAAAUACAUUUUGAUCUUGUUUGCGGCCUCGUUGAUAACUCUGGUUAUCGCCGCUGAUGAGAAUAAAUACGCCAGGAAAUUCGAUGACACAGAGGUGGAUAAAAUUCUUCAAAAUAAUCGUGUCCUCACUAGUUACAUCCGAUGCCUCCUGGACAAGGGACCCUGCACUGCCGAAGGUCGUGAAUUAAAAAAAAUUUUACCAGAUGCUCUAUCGACCAACUGCAGCAAGUGCGAUGAUAAUCAAAAGACUAUAACACAAAAAGUGAUAAAACAUUUGAAAACAAAACGAUCCGAGGAUUGGGUUAAUCUCCUUGGUAAAUACGAUCCCCUUGGUCAACAUAAGGAAAACUACGAGCACUUGUAGCGUUCUUAUAUAAUUUUUAUUAUAAUAAAUUCAUUUACAUUUCUAUAGA